AUGUAUUCACGUACUCUCAUAGUAACUUUCUUUGGAAUUAUACUGCUUCUAACUGAAACAAACACACAAAGAUUUAGCUUUCUGAAGAAUGCAAAACCAUACUUCGAAAAUAUGUUUCAGAAUACUGCAAGAAAGUUAGCCUUCAUGAAUGCGUAUGAGUUCGAAAUAAAUCGCCGUUCAUUAAGUUUGGAACAGUUUAACUUAUCAUCUGAAGUAAUCAACUAUGCAGGAAGAAUCGGACAUAUUAUCAAGUCUCUGGAAAACUCUUUAAAGAUGCUAGUUUCUUGGACGGAAGAAGAAAUUUCAAAGUACUCUUGGAAUCCAAAGUUACAGUCGAUUAGCAUAAAAUAUAAUGAUCUUCGUGAAUUGAAACCAAAUGACAGCCGGCUAACUGCUCAACCUGGUUAUCAAUUUAAUGUUAUGCUAAAUAAAUCUGGUGUCCACUUACCGGUAGAAGUAUACCGUGGAGACCCUUCAGUGUUUCAUACUUUACGAUGGACUGAAGUUUUGGAUGCUAUAUUUCCAACUGAACCCAAAUUACACUUCACUUAUUUUGCAAGUCUAACAGGGAUUCUACGAGUCUAUCCAGCAUUUCCUUGGCGAGAACAAACUGUUGACAUGUUCGAUGUCCGUAGACGUUCCUGGUUUAUACAGGGUUCUUCUGUUCCUAGAGAUCUGUUCAUACUACUUGACACAAGUGGGAGUAUGACUGGUCAAUCAUUGAAAUUGGCUAAUUUAUCAGCACAAAAGUUAAUCGAAUCUCUUGAUGUUGAUGACUAUUUUGUUGUAGCACAUUUCCCUGGGGCAAAAGAUCAUUCACUCCCAAUGAUUGUUACAGCAAAUAAUGAAAGUGAACCUAUUUGUUUCAAUUCAUUUGUUCAAGCAACUAAGCGUAAUAAGUUGCGUUUGUUUUAUGAUUUGAGUACACUUAAAGCUCGUGGUCAUUCAAACUUUUCAACACCAUUGGAAUUCGCUUAUGAAAUGUUUCGGAAUCUAGCUGGGAGUGCAAGAGGAGAUCGUGGUAAGGAGUUAAGAAAUAAAAUCCUUGUUAUGAUGACAGAUAAUGCAUUUGUCUUCGAUGAAUAUGUAAUGUCACAACUUAAACAACAAAAGUCUAAUAUUACUACAUUUAUUUAUUCACUUGGAGAACCUGUUGGUGCAGCUAAUGAACAUUCAAAGAAAGCAUGUGCUACAAAUGAUUAUUAUCAAUAUCUACCAACAGUUGGAGCAGUUUCCAAUCUAAUGAAGGACUUCCAUGAUAAAUCAACACAGAUUCGUUUUGGACCGAAUAAUAGUCCACUGCCAACUGGAGUUAUAUUACACGGGGCAUCAGACGUCUUACACACAGAUCAGUAUAAAGGCACAGGGUUAAUGGUCAGCAUAUCUAUGCCUGUCUAUAACAGAACAAAAAGAUUAGAAUUUCUCGGUCUAAUGGGUACAGAAUUACCAAUCAGUUUGAUGAUGCAAGGAUUACCUCAAACAAAACUUUAUCCAGUUGGAUAUGCUUUCGUUGUUAACACCAAUGGUUACUUGGUUUUUCAUCCAAGUUUAGUACCUGAAUAUACCUGGCUAGACGAUACUCCAUUCUUAGAUUUCCUUGAUGUUGAACUGAAUGUUUAUGGAUCAAAAACUGUGAUAAGGAAGAAGUUAAUUGAUAAUGAGCGGGGAUCUGAACAAAUUAUCGAUUUCAUCAAAGUAUCAGACAAUAUACAUACCUAUGUUAAACCAAGACUUUAUUCAUUCACUAAAUUACUAAGUACUGAUUUUGGAGUGGCUUUUGUCGUACCUUCUGAUCAACAUUUAUUUUUAAACAUACCUAAAGAAGUUGAAUUUUCCGUCAGUUCAGAUUCCUCUGGCAAUUAUAUGAUCGAUGAUGUUGUUAUUCAAAAUUUGAUCAAAAAGGCCAAAGUGAUAUUACCAUGGAAAGCAAUAGAUGGAUAUAUUAAAGCUGGUUGCCAUUUCUUUAAUCUGGAGUCAGCUGAAGAACAUGAUAAACUGCACAGAAACGAAGAUGAACAAGAAUGGAUACUUGCUGAAUCAAAAAGACUUAAGGAGUUAGAAGAAGAGGAACAACAACUUAAAGAAGAAUUAGAGGAAAGUAUAUCAACAGAGUAUGUAGAAAAUGGAAAUAACACUCAGAUUAAUUCAUCAUUAAUACAAGUGAAUAAUGGAUCCACUUCUAUCACUGAAGAAAUAAUAUCAAACAGUACUUUAUGCUUAGACGAUACAAAUUCCAUCAAUUGUUCAACAGAUAAACCAUUAUUUUCAAGGAAAUUGUUUAAGCGAAGUGUGUUAUCUAUGAGCAGUGGUGAUGAUUCAUUAGCUUUGAAUGACGCUAUUAUCACAACCACUUCUGAUGAAGCUAUAACGACAACAGCUACUACUACUAUAAGCACCAUUACUCAAACAACAAAUGUGGAAAAUUUUAAUGAGCUCCCAUACUUACCUUCAGAACAAACGUUGGAAUCAAUGGUUGUAGUAACUAGUGAAUCAGUAACUUUACCUGAGGAUUCUCCAGAAGUUGAUGAUUUUCAAUUAAGAAGUAUCCCUUUUGAUACAACAGCUAUUACGGCAUCAUUUGGUUCAACAACAGUUCCCUCAACAUCUCCAUCUAAUGACUUUCAGCUAGUAGUAGAAGUUACAGUACCUGAAGAUAAAGAAACUCCUUCAACCAUUCCAACUUUAACAACAAGCACUGCUAAUUUCAUAAGUGAACCUGAAUCACAAAAGUCAACAGAUGAACAGAUUGUAAACAAUAACAUAGAAAUUGAACAGUCUGAAGUUGAACAAAUACAACGUGAUGAUUUAAAGAAUUUCCUUGAUCAGAUAAAGAAUAUAAACUCUAGUCAAUCAGAACUAUUGUCACAGAUUCUACUGGAGAUUAUCAUAGCUGAAAAAGAUGUAACAACAACAGCUGAAUCAAUUCAGCUGGAUGGUAUUAUGCGUUCUCGAACCAUAGCUCUUAAUACCGGUCUACUAUGGACAAUACCAGUCAAUGCCCGUGAAGAUUUCUAUGAUGAAUUGAAAUAUUGGCCCAACUCACCUAUUUUUCAACGUGUAUACGACUCAAGAGGCUUAAUAUUUUGGAUACCUUUGAGAAAAGAAGAAAACACAAUAAAGUCAGCAGAUAUUCAGAUAAAAUCAACUGACACUCAUGAUUCUUCAAUGCAGAAUGAUGCACCGAAAGCAACCGAAUCAUCUGUUAGUUAUACAACAGUCAGUAAUACCCAACAAUCGGAAAGUGCAUUACUUAGAGUAAAACGACAAGUAGAAACAAUCCCCGAAAAUAAUCAGGAAGGAGAACACGAACAAGGAGAACAAGAAGGUAAAACACCAGAAGAAAUAGUAUUAAAUAACACCAAUGGUCAAAACCUUUCAAAUGUGGAUACUUUUCAGGCGGAAAUGCUUCAAGAAGUCACUGAUACAACAGAUGAAGCUGAAACACUUCUAGAAGAUGAUGAAACGACUGAUGAGUCAAUAAUUAGUGCUGAUAAGGAGCAUGAGGACCUAGUAGAUAAUACGCCACUACCAGCAACAAUAUUUACGCCACUUACAAUUACACAAGGAGAAUAUGUAUACAAAGCAGGAGUCAUGGGUAUCACAUUUGAACCAGAAUAUCUUUCCAAACAACUUGCUAUGGUUUCAGACUGUUCGGACACAUCUUCAAAUAAACUAUGUUAUUUACUAGAAGAUGCAGCAAAUAUUGUUGCUGUCAAUAAUAAUUCGUUUUAUCAUCAGAUUGGUAAAUUUCUGGGGCAUGUUGAUCCGGAGCUAAUGAGUUCUUUAAUUCAAAAUCAUGUUUAUGGAGUUUUAAAGGAUUACGACUUUGAAGGAACCUGUUAUCCAAGAGAAGAUAAAUCUGAAUCAACUUCACCUGCUAUGCAUCCAAUACCGUCUAUUCUCAUAAAUACAAGAAAUAUAUUCAGCAUUCGUUUAUGGUUCGACUGGUUACUAACUUUUAGCUCAUUGAGUCUGUUUAUUACACGAUCACUCAUCACUGGUAUGAUAACAAGUAUAGUUUCAGGUGACAUGAGGAAUGAUGUAGAUCCGCAGAAUAAACCAUAUCCAUGUAUUCAGUUAAUUAAUCGUUAUUAUUCAAUGAACAGUCCGAUAUAUGAUACAAGAAAUUCACCAUUGAAUAUGGAUUCUACUCACAUAUUUCGAGGUUUUAUCCAUUGCUCUUUAGAACGUAACAGAGAUUGGUCAGCACAAUCGAUUAGUGGUACAAAUUUGCAUCUAAUAAUCACAGAUCCAAUAUUUGAUGAAUGUGACACAUCUGUAGAACGAUUACAACGUGAUCCAAUAAAAGAUUCUGGUCCAGACGUUUGCGGAGCAUCACGUGCUCCACGUUAUCGUAGGCAAUCAAAAAAGUGGACAUUAGUUCCUCCUGAUGAUGAAGUAGAAAUACCAACUCACUGUUCCGCAGCAAACUCACUACACAAGCCAUCACUUAUUAUAUAUUCAUUUAUUUCAUUGUUCACACUCACCUAUCACAUUUAUUAA